CUCUAAAGCGGAGUCUGCCACGUUGCUGAAGAUAGACGCCGGUUCACACCGCUAGGGAUUGCCGCUCACCGGCGUUCAUCCAUCAGACAAAGGGCGCUGAUGUCCUAAAAUAAACGGGAAGAACGGGCCUAAAGCUUUCCCCGGAGUUGAGAUGCUGACGGACGUGAUAGUAGAAGAGGAGUUUGAUCACAAUGAAGAGGAGCUGUGGUACAGCAGGAAGGAUUUGGAGCAUGAUCUCCAUUUGGCCGCUGAGCUGGGCAAGACUCUGUUGGACAGGAACCAUGAGCUGGAGCAGGGCCUUCAGCAGAUGUACUCCACCAAUCACGAGCAGCUGCAGGAGAUUGAGUACCUGACCAAGCAGGUGGAUCUCCUGAGGCAGAUGAACGACCAGCAUGCCAAAGUUUAUGAGCAGCUGGACCUAGCAGCCCGAGACCUGGAGAAAAGCAACCAGAGGCUGGUGCUGGAGAACCGCACGGCCCAGCACCGGAUCCAGAGUCUAACCGAGACCAUAGAUGGGCUGCAGACUCAUAUGGAGGGUCUUCAGAAGCAGGUGGACGAGCUGAAGGUGUCUCAGUCCAAGAGAGAUCUGGCAGCUGCGCGCCGCAGCCUUGCUGCCCAAAGCAUGUCCUGUCUGAAAGAAAUCUAUGAUCUGCAACAAGACAAGUACUUGAGCUCAGAGAGCCUGCAGGAGGAGAAGUCCUGGCCUGCAUUGGAUGACAGGCAUGUGGAGGAGGAGAACUCCACCCUGCAGCACACCCUCCACAACCUCAAGGUGCAGCUGGUGUCCGAGCGAGCCCGGCGGGUGGAGGCCGAGCACGAGACAGAGCUGACGGUGCAAGAAAACAGUGCUCUGGAGGAGCGUCUGUGUCUGCUGGAGGGAGCGCGCCGUCGACAGGCCGAGCUGGAGGCCGAGGUGGAGGAGCUCCGGCAGCUGUGGCACUCCGAGUCAUCCGGCGCUAGACUGACAGACGCGCUGCUGCCCGACAGCGUUUUCUUCGCCGUGGGGGCGGGGCACGAGGAGGAAGAGGAGCUGGAGGCGGAGCUUCCUCAGGGGAGGCGGCGCUGCAGCAGCGAGAGUUACGUCCGCGGGGCUCGAGCUGAAGAUAUCCGGCGCGGACACGAGCGCACGUGCAUCCGCCGAGCUCAAGCGGUGAAGCAGCGCGGGAUCUCGCUUCUCAACGAGGUGGACGCGCAAUAUAGCGCGCUACAGGUGAAAUACGAAGAGCUGCUCCGCCGCUGCCAGCAGGGGGCAGACAGCCUCAGCCACAAAGCCGUCCAGACGCCCACCGCUCCUGUGCAGCGCCGCAAAAACCAGGCAACCACAACAACAGACACCAUCUGCCUCGCAGACGAGCUCCAUCAGCCAGAAUACAAGGCCCUGUUUAAAGAAAUCUUCACCUGCAUUCAGAAAACCAAAGAGGACCUGAGUGAGAACAGGGCCGGGCAGAGUCAGUGAGUUGGCAGUAUUAUACAUCUUCAGUGUAGUGAUCUUCAGCGCUUCUGAAUGAACUUGAUGGAUGUGUUGAGAGUUUUAAUAGCGCCGUGGUCUUCGUUUGUGUCGAUUGCACUAUAAAACCUGUGCCUAUACACAACACCAAACCGUCCACAUCCAAAACUGCAAAUGCAGUAGACCUGAACGGUGUUUUUGUACUUUUCUAAGUCUUAUUCCAAUGAUUGAGGCACAUGGGAUGUGUGGAUCUCUGCGAUACAGCCAUAUGUGACACCCGAGUGCAUCUGUGCUUCGGGUUUGAAAGCACAUCUUGAUUUCGUAGAACCACAUCUGUGCGGAAGGUCAAGACUUAACCGUCCAAUGUGCAGAAGGUAGACUAAAUUAUUAUUACUAACGCCUAACACAGUUAGCGAAUUAACUACUUGAUGUAAAUCAUACGUCUGAUAGGGUGAAUCUCACAAAACCAAGAACGAGAAGUUUCACCCCAAAAUCAAAAUAAAUAUAGUAAAUUAAGCC